GCCGUCUUCCACGCCCAUUGGUAGAAGCCGAGGACAAUAACGCUGACUGGCUGGAGCUGAAUGACGCAGUCAGUCACCUGGGCCCUGAUAGGCUGGAGUGAGCCAGAUGCCUGAGAGCGCCAGAAAACAAGCUUGAGCGGGUGAUGCUGAAGUCUCCCCGGGACAGUGUAGAGUUUCCGCUGAUCGGACAGGGCUCUUAGAGGACUGGAGGUACAAGCUGAGGAGCACUACCCGCUUAUUUUGAAGAGGGAAAUUGGCUGCUAUGUUGGUUUGAAGAAAAUACGCGCUGACAAGUCUGUAUAAUCGGGCACAGAGCCACAUUGGAAUAUUUCAUUCAUUCAACGGCGAAAAAGUUUUAUCCUGAUGGAAGUUGAAUGUCUAGCACUGAAAGACCUCACAAGUCCAAGGAAAAGUUUCACGAUGGAGCUGGAGGAGGAUGGGGGCCAAAGUGAACAAAAGGAAAACAUCUGCACAGAGAGGAGAAGAUCCACGCCACUGAAAUCUACAGAGUCCACCAUCCCUGCUUUGCUGAUAAGCAGAAAAGGCGCCACCCCUGACCUGGCCCACAUCACCCCCAUCAAACACAUGGCCUUGGCGGAGCCCUGGACGCCCACGGCCAAUCUAAAGAUGCUGAUCAGCGCAGCGAGCCCAGACAUCCGGGACAGAGAGAUGAAAAAGGUGCUGUUUAGACCCAUAGAGAAUGAGAAGGACAAGCCAGCAAGCCCAGAUGCCGUGGUGGAGGAUACAGAGGUGGAAGACUCUUGUCAGUUUGAAGCUGCAGAGGAAGAGGAUGAUACUGACAAAAAGCCCAGCAGGAAGCAGAAGAGUCUGGGUCUGCUGUGCCAGAAGUUCCUGGCCCUCUACCCUGAUUACCCACCACCGCACAUCCCCAUCUGGAUCUCACUGGAUGAGGUGGCGACCAGUCUUGGAGUGGAGCGGCGGCGUAUCUAUGACAUCGUCAACGUAUUAGAGUCUCUGAUGAUUGUGGGUCGGAUAGCCAAGAACAGCUACACCUGGUACGGCCGUCAGCGGCUGGAGGCCACGCUGGAGGAGCUGCAGCGGAGGGGUCGGCAGCAGGGCUACCACAUCCAGAUGGCGUUGGCCACCGAGGCCAGAGAGGCCGGAGCGGGGCACGAGGACGACGGCGCAGAAGGAGAUGCUGGCAACGCUGCUGGCAACAGGAAAGACAAAUCUCUGCGCAUCAUGAGCCAGAAGUUUGUCAUGCUGUUCCUGGUGUCCAAAACUCAGACUGUUACCCUGGACACAGCGGCGAAGAUUCUCAUCGAGGAGAGUCAGGACUCGUCAAGUCACAGCAAGUACAAAACUAAGGUGCGGCGACUGUACGACAUUGCCAAUGUGCUGACCAGCCUGGGCCUCAUAAAGAAGGUCCAUGUCCGUGAGGAGAGAGGCAGGAAGCCGGCCUUCAAGUGGCUUGGCCCUGUUGAAUUCAAACGCUCUGGAAAUGCCGGAAAUACUGUGAACUUGGCGGCUGUCACUCUGCCUGGGGCCACGCAGCCAAUGGCAGGCCAGGACCUCAGAAAAGCCAAGAUGGCACGCUACACCUCUUUCAACAUCACACCAACUUCUGUGGCCAUCCAGCGGCAGGUCAGCUCUGCACCCAGCAGUCCACGACGAGAACCUACUGGUCAGCCAAGCCAGCCUGUGGAUUAUUCCAGAAAGACUUCAAGCAACAAUGCAGUGUGUCAACUGCAGUUUGGAAACAGCACUGAUAACUGUCCAGGCGCAGCACUGCAGACCCGCAGCAGCAGCCCGCUGCCCCUCUCCUCCGCCCACCCCACCCUGCUGGCACCUUCUCUCCACCAAGAGCAUCUCUUCACACCUUCCUCCUCCCCCCACUGCUUGGCCUACCUACCCAGCCUGUCCCAGCCCUCGGUGGUCAUGCUGUACAGGGCGCCAGACAAGCCUGACCAGAGGCCUGAAGGCCAGAGAUUGCCCAGGUUGGAGUCUGAGGAGGGGAGGAAGAGAAGGAGUGAAGAAAGGGAAGAAGAGGAGACGGUGGUGAAAAAGAAGGGAACGUCUGGGUUAGAGGAAUGUGACAAGAUGAGAUCUGAACCUCACAGGGAAGCAGCAGAGUGUUCCCAAAGGGGUAACACCAGGACUUCCCCAGAAAGCCCAGCAGGCUUCUCCAGAGAGCAGGCGUUUGAUGAAAGUCUAGGUGGCAACCGCAUCAGUGAGCCGGCCCAGCCAUCACACUACCUCUAUGUACCCAACAACGCAGGUCUGAAUAGCCUCAACUUCUUCCUCUCUGCCGGCCAGCCACCAGCUGGUCUAGCACUUCCUCCCAGCAGUGUUCCCACCCUGGCACUGCCCUACGUCCUGGUGCCCUCUUCAGCUCUUCCCCACUACCCCCUAGUGGCCAGCGGCCUACAACAGCAAGGCUCAAAUGCCCACAGCAAACUGAGCUUCAGUCUGCCUGCUGUGAUGUCACCUGCCCACUUUAUGGUGGGGGCGCCGCCGUUCGGCCUGCCAGCAGCAUCAGAGAUCAACAGGUCGCCGGCUCCUUCGCCGUCCACCCCAGAACAGAGCCGGCUGUACGGGUCAGGCAUUCCACAUUCCCCCUCAGGACCACGUCAGACCGUCAGCAUCCACACACCAGAACCACUGACACCAAAGGAAACCACAUCGUCUGCUGCUAAGGCUUUCUUCCAGACCCCAGGCACACUGGGAAGUGUAGUCAGCGCUGUACCAGCUGCCCGGAAAAGAGGCUCCGCACAGAGGAGACUGGACAUCGGCCACCCUCCGACCAUGUAGACAUCUGAAGAGAUGGAAUUGGGUGGCUUACAUGCUGGUGUGAAAGAAAUGGUUUCAACCCACUGAUGCUUUGUUAGUUUAUUAAUUAAUAAAUUAAGGGUUUCCUUCCAAUCUGCAAGAAUAAACGUUUCAGCAAGAGACUGUUUACUCUGAGAUGUAAAAUUAACUAUCCUUAAAUAUGAAACAUUUUUGGAAAGCAGAGAUCUUAAGAUAUCUCGCAUUUUGCUGAUGAUUGUAAUGUUUUACUAAAUGGUGGGAAUCUCAUUUUUACAUGAAACUCUUCCGUUAUUGGUCGUUAUAGUAACAGUUCAAAUGUGCCUCAUGGUUGUAAUUAUGGGAUGCUGCGUUUCCAAGUGAAUGAGAGAAGCAGUAUUGCCAAUGUAACAGUGCCCUCCUGUGGUGGGAGUCGGCCACUGCUGAACUUUUGUUUGUCGACCUUAAUUUUCCCUCCCAGAUACGAUCAAGCUACCUAACCCCCUGUCACUUGUGUGUGUGUUUGUGUAUAUAUAUAGCCCAAUUGCUAUUUAUAUUUUAGCUAAUAUAUGUUGAUUACAGAGACUGUAAUGGAACAUUAACUUGUUUUAGUAUUUGACAAAUGUUUGUUUAAUAUUGAAGUGAUUGUCUGGCCCCUGUUAGGUUUAGCUACAUUAUCAAGGUAUAAUAGGAAAUGUAUCAGCUGCUGGUCGCCGGGUUACGUCGACAGUAGCAGACAAGCUUCUCUCGGCUUAUUUCAGACAUUACUGUGAGGAGAAAAAUCACUAAAGCCUUAAGUGUUUACUGAAAGCCGAGUAUCUCAACAAACAGUUGUUGGACUUGGAUUUACUCAUCAGGAAGACAAAUGUUACUGGUGCUGUGUAUGUUUUCACUGAGUAUGUGCAACCAUAGAGCUUAAUGGUUAAACAAAUCCUUUAGCUCUGACAACUAAAUGUGACGAUGCUCUCAGGUACUCGAAUACUUGUAACUUUACUAGAAGUGGAUUUUGGAGAGAUAUCAGAGUACUGUAAAGAAUUUUUUUAUCCUUAAUUUAUCCAGGGAAAGUAGACUGAGUUUAUGUGUUGUCUGUUUUAGCAGCACGAUUCCACGUGCAUAUAGUCCGACACAUCUGGGAGACUCCCGACAUGACCACGCUCUCUUGUUGGCUGGUGCUGUUGGGGGUUAAGUGCCUUGCUGAGAGAAGAGAGCUGCUUCCUCAGUACAGAUUUUCUCAGGUUGUCCAGGGGUGAGUAUCAACCGCCCUCUAAUCAUAAGACAACCCAGCCAAAAUAUUGGUGCUUUGCAUUCAGGAGAGUUUUAUGUCACACCAAAGGGUGCACAGAUAAUCCUCUCUGAUCACUGGAUGUGUUAUUAAUGUACAGUUGUGUCAUUAAUUCUUUGUACAUUGUUUUCAGUGUCAUUUAUAUUUCCACAUGCAGAAUGUUAAAUGCUGCUUUCCUGUUUUUAAAAUAAUGAUUAUUGCACUGCUCAUUUUAACUUCCACAAAACUUCGAGCUAUUCCUUCACUGUUCUGCUCUUCCCUCUCUGUAGUUAUGGGCCAAACUGGCUUUCUUCUGUAUGACUUUCACAAACUUUAAAAAAUAAAAUGACACUGACCAGUU